UGAGCGGCGCCAGCGUAAGCGGGAAGGCGGCGUACGUCGAGUUUUUGUCUGCUAGCUUGGGAGACUUGAGGAGUGACCCUCCUUAAGCUUCCAGCCCCAGAGACCAACGGCCUCUGCUCCAGGCGGUACCUCUUCCCCUGAGGACCAUGGGCCGGAUCUCGGGGCUCGUGCCCUCUCGCUUUCUGACGCUCCUGGCGCAUCUGGUGGUCGUCAUCACCUUAUUCUGGUCCAGGGACAGCAACAUCCAGGCCUGCUUGCCUCUCAAAUUCACCCCUGAAGAGUAUGAGAAGCAGGACAUUCAGCUGGUGGCAGCGCUCUCUGUCACCCUGGCCCUCUUUGCAGUGGAGCUGGCUGGUUUCUUCUUAGGAGUUUCCAUGUUCAACAGCACCCAGAGCCUCAUCUCCAUCGGGGCUCACUGUGGUGCAUCUGUAGCCCUAUCCUUCUUCAUAUUUGAGCGUUGGGAGUGCACCACAUAUUGGUACAUUUUUGUCUUUUGCAGUGCCCUCCCAGCUGUCACCGAAAUAACAUUAUUCAUCAGCGUCUUCGGGCUGAAAAAGAAACCUUUCUGAUACCUUCAUGACUGGAAGUAGGGAUGAAGGCUGAAGGAGCGAAGGACCACUCACCCUUCCUGGAAGAGGAAGGCUUCAGCCCUCCUUCUAACACUGCAUUUGGUGAAGGAUCUCUCGAGUCUGGGAUUAUCUGCGUUUUGUUUACAGUCCUUUGUAAUAACAUAUAUUUUAGGAUAAGAUCAAAACUUACAGGAAUUCUUAGAGGCAUUCCCUGGCUGUCCAGUGGUUAGGACCCCACGCCUCGACUGCAGCAGUCACGGGUUCAGUCCCUGCUGGAGCAACCAAGAUCCUGAAUGCUAGGCAGCGUGGCCAAAAGAAAAAAAAAAAAAAAAUCAAGACAAAAAUUUCAGGAGAAAAUUGGGGUGGCCAAACUACUGUAGAAACGGAAGGCUGUUUUCCACCCUUGCACUGUAAGAUACUAAAUGUCGCUUCUAUUUUAGUUAAUACGGUAGAUUUCUGGCGGAAGGGAGUGGGCGGGGAUAUGUAAAUAAAGUGAUGCCUAAGGGUAGUUCCUCGAGCUCUUUAAGUGAGUGAAGCAUUCUGGGAGGGAUUUAGCGUUUGCUCUUUUGACAGCCAAAUGGGAAAAUAUAUUUUAAAACAUCUGCAAAUAAAUUGAACAACAGAAGUGGAAGAGCCUGGAUAGCUUCAAGUUGCUCGAGCUAACAUGUCUUUUACUCACCCUCCCUGAUAGCGGAGUCUUUUCCCUGGAGUACGGAAUAUGGCAGGCUUAUCGGCAUCGUCAGGUAGGAUAAUCCUUACCUGUUCCUCCUUUUGGAGGGCAGAAUAGAACAUGAUGAUUGGAGCUCGCAUGAUUCGUGAUUAACGGCUCUGCGUAAUCAGGACUUGCAACACCCUGAUUGCUCCUAUCUGAUUCUUCCUGGCGAUCCGUGA